GUGUUAUGUGUCAUUGAGGCAACUGGAUAGUUCAAUGUCUGUGUGCAGAUAUAAACUGGCUGUUUAUAACUAUAGUGUUCUGUGCCUAAAAAUGAAAAUUUGACUUAGCAGGCCAAAAGUGGCUAGAUUUUGGGCACUAGCUUCAUAGAUUGUACUUCCUAUCGUACAGAGUUAAAUGCUGACUAUUGCCAAUUUCUUUUAAUGUUUCCCACAGGUGGUAGCUAACAUCAAAUCUUGAUAUGCAUCUGGUUCCUAAUAACAUACAACAUAGCUUGUUGUCCCUAACAGGGUACAGGGUGACACAGAAGUUGAUGAAGCAGUGCCUUACCUUGAGCAAGUACAGCCACAGCGGUGGUGCGUCGCUGCCCAGCUGUGCAGGCUUGGGAAGAGUAAUCAUGUCUACUGCUCAGAGAAGGAAUCUAGCAAGUUCAUGUUGAGGUAUAUUCUCAAGACAAGAUACAGCGACUCGUAUGCUUUUCUGGAUAACGUAAUCCAUGGAUAAAGUGGGAAAGAUGUGGAACAACUUCAAAUACAGGUGCCAGAAUCUUUUCAGUCACGAGGGUGGAAGCCAAAAUGAAAGUGUAGUUGUGAACUCCAGUAGUUGUUCAUCUGCUAAAGAGAAAGCUGUCCAGAUAACCGAUUUGGCUCAACAACAACCUAGCAGCCCUUUGAGAGAAAACAUUGCUUUGCAAUUAGGUUUAAGUCCUUCAAAGAAUUCGGCAAGGCGGAACCAAAACUGUGUUACAGAAAUUCCUCAGAUUGUUGAAAUAAGCAUUGAGAAAGAAAAUGACUCGUGUGUCACCACAGGAGCUAGACUUGCUCGAAGGGACUCUUACUCUCGGCAUGCUCCUUGGGGUGGGAAGAAGAAGCAUUCCUGCUCUACCAAAACCCAGAGCUCCUUGGAUACUGAAAAAAGAUUUGGUAGAACACGAAGUGGUUUGCAGAGGAGAGAGAGGAGGUAUGGGGUGAGCUCUGUCCAUGAUAUGGAUGCAGUAUCAAACAGGACAGUAGGCAGCCGUUCUCUGCGACAGCGUCUCCAAGAAACUGUUGGGCUGUGUUUUCCCAUGAGAACUUACAGCAAACAGUCCAAACCUCUGUUUUCUAACAAAAGAAAGAUCCAUCUCUCUGAACUAAUGCUUGAGAAAUGCCCUUUUCCUGCAGGCUCAGAUCUGGCUCAGAAGUGGCAUCUCAUUAAACAGCAUACAGCGCCUGUGAGUCCUCAUUCAACUUUUUUUGACACAUUUGAUCCUUCCUUGGUUUCCACAGAAGACGAGGAAGACAGGCUCAGAGAGAGACGCAGACUUAGUAUUGAAGAAGGGGUUGAUCCCCCUCCCAAUGCCCAAAUACAUACUUUUGAAGCUACAGCACAGGUUAAUCCAUUGUAUAAACUGGGACCAAAGUUAGCCCCUGGUAUGACUGAGCUGACCGGGGACAAAAACAUAACACCUCCAGGGAGCUGUGACUCUGAAGAGGACACAACAACACUUUGUCUGCAGUCACGCAGGCAGAAGCAGCGUCAGAUGUCUGGAGAGAGCCACGGCCAUAUCAGCAGGCAGGGGGCUUGGAAAGUGCAUACUCAAAUUGAUUACAUCCAUUGCCUUGUGCCAGACUUACUUCAGAUCACAGGUAACCCAUGUUACUGGGGCGUGAUGGACCGCUAUGAAGCAGAAGCACUUCUGGAGGGUAAACCCGAAGGCACUUUUUUGCUCAGGGAUUCUGCGCAAGAGGACUACCUCUUCUCUGUGAGCUUCCGUCGUUAUAACCGAUCGCUACAUGCACGCAUUGAGCAGUGGAAUCACAACUUUAGUUUCGAUGCCCACGAUCCCUGUGUGUUUCACUCCUCCACUGUUACAGGGCUUCUGGAACACUACAAAGACCCUAGCUCUUGCAUGUUCUUUGAACCAUUACUUACUGUAUCUCUGAACAGGACUUUCCCCUUUAGUCUGCAGUAUAUCUGCCGGGCAGUAAUCUGCAGGUGCACUACGUAUGAUGGAAUUGAUGACCUUCCUCUACCCUCAAUGUUGCAAGACUUUCUAAAGGAGUAUCACUAUAAACAAAAAGUCAGGGUGCGAUGGCUGGAGCGGGAACCCAUAAAAACAAAGUAAAUGGAAAUCGGAAUAAGCUUCUAGAAUAUGCUUUUUUUUUGUGUGUUACAGUUUAACUGCAGCAAGCGCACCAACAAUGUCUAGCUUUUCUGCAAUAUCCUAUUUAAGCUGAGUGUUAGUAUCCUGUCAGAUGCUGCCUGCUGUUAAUCAAACUAAGUUGUGAUGCCUCUUGGAAACAAUAAGCAGACACAAUUCUGCACGUUUUUCAUUAAGGCCUAAUGAAAAUAUUUUUGCUAAUUUCUGAAUAUUUUGUUUCCCUUUUAUAGCUGUAGUAAUUGGAUGAAGAAACUAUGAGGCAUUUUCCAUGGGGCAUUCAUGUAAUGCUAAUAAAGAAAUGCUUUAUUAGAGGAGCAUUUUUGCUAAUAUUUGAAGUAUUUUUUUAAAAUUAUCUUCUUGAAAACUUUCCACUACUCAAAGUGCUAAUUUAGCUCACAAACAAGUUUCCAAAUACUAGUGAAUAAGAGUAUUUUCUUUUAAUGAAGAGCAGUUCAUUAGAAGCAGUCCAUUAAGAGUUAAUGGUCUUCUCAUGCUAACAGAUAAAUCAUGCUUUUCUCAGUGUAUAAGGUUUUCUAAUCAUUAAGACUUGAAUAUGCCUGCUCAGUACUGUAAUUCUAUUUUAAACACUUGGAGAUUUAAGUGGCAUUCUUAGCAGAAGUAAUACUGUCUCAGACAGUUAAAUACCUUCCAGUGUGAAUUACUGAUUCAGUGUCAGGACAUGGGAUUGGAUUAUUGCUAUGAAAAAAAAGGUUGUGUUUUUUCUAAACCAAAAUUUGGUGGCCUGACUGUUUGUAACUUACAAUGGAAGGUAAUAGUGAAGAGUAAAAACGUUUAGUUAUUUAAAGUGGUCUGAUAUUUUUAUGGAGAAAAUUACAAGUGGUUGAAUUAUAAUCAGAAUACAAAAUCUGACAUACCUGAAAUGUCAGGUUUCACAGGUACUGUUACACUUUACUUGUAAAUAUCUUUCCAUUUGCGCUUUUUAAAAUACUUUAAAGUAAUAUGCACUGAUUAUAGUUUCAACAGAUUACUUGGAAACAAGAUUCUGAGUUCUGUUUGCUUAUUUAAUUGGAGAUGGAACUUAAGAUAGUUCUGUCUUAGGCAUUUUUGCACUAAAAUUUUGUUGGAAUGCCCUGACCCCUCUUUAAUGUUUUGUACCAAUUAUGAGUGCUCCCUAGUUUCUUUACCAGCUGCUACACUAUGUUAUUACUUACUUCUCUACGGCAGUGACCUGGGCGAGGUAAGGAACAUUUUGGCUGCAAGUACAAUAAACGUUAUUCUUGUAUGCUACACUAACCCUUCUAUUGAUGUAUUUUUCUGCUUGCUGUGCCUUGUUCUGGCUUUUUGUGCUAAUAAAGUACAGUAUGUUCAGUGUUAUACUUGUAUAUCUGCUCUGUUUUUAUAUAUUCACAUAACUUGUAGCAGUUAACUGAAUUUUUAAUAGGCUUUUCUUAGUACUUAGUAUAGGUAAUGCACAAAUACUGUGCGGCUGAAUAUUGGUUGGUCAGCACAACGUAUUCCUGGGUUUUGUUACAUGCUUGUCAGAAACCUAACAGUGUACACCAUUGAAUAGUAUUUCUGUAGCCACUGCGAAGUAAUGGACUUGUCUGCAGGCAUAGAGCAUUUCAAAGUUUGGGGUUUUUUUUGUAAUGUAAAGGAUAAAUGUUAAGCAAAAAGUAUUCUAAAAUGUUACAGAUCCCCUGUAAUGAUUGCUGAAGGUGUUUCAGCUUGUUACAUAGCUAACUGCUCAGCUUAAUGUUUUGAUACUCCCUGCUGAGUAAGGAAUGAUUAUUCCUGUAAAUUGACAGUACAGCAGUGGCAUUUGUUCACUUUUAGACUAUUUUAAUAAAUAGAUGUACACGCAAACUGGCCAAAUGUCCUGUUUUUACCAAAGAAUACUGUCAAUUUAUGUUGGGGUAUUUUUUUUUUUUUAGUGAAAAACUUAGAGUGGUGAGGUGCAAUUUCUGUUCUAUUGAAUAUUUAUCCCAAGCGAUGAUAAACCAAAGUAUUUGACAACUUCAUCUGAAUUUAAGUAAUGUAUACAUUUAUGUUGGUAGAGCAUAAAACUUUUACAUCGUGUCGUCAUUUUUCUUGAACUCACAAUGCACCUGAAGGGGAAUGAUUUAAAUAAUUUUGUAAUGACUGGAACAGCACUACAUAGAAGCUCAUACUGCAAGGGGUUAAUCUGAAGCACGCAGAAAGCACUUUAAAAUGUGUGUUUAUAUGCUUGUGGAAAAUUUGUGAUCCUGUUAUGCAUUCUUUGUAGUAGCUUACCUUCUUUCAUGUGUUAAAAGACUUCAACUGUUAAAAUGGAACUUUGUUUAGAAUAUGUAAAUACUAAGUUUAUGUAAGUAUGUGUACAAAUGUGCUAAUGGUCACUUAAGUUUUGAAUUGUGUGUGUGUCAUUGGAUAUGCAACUCCUGGUUUAAAAUCUGCUCUAAACAUAAAAUAGGAAAAAAAAAGUCACCAGCAUGAAAUUGCACCCAAGUGUACUUUCACUGUGUCGUUCUCACCGUUCCCUCAGUUGGAUCCAAAUUCCAUAUGAGUUUACUUUAAAUCUUGCUUUCAUUAUUAGUAUCAUACAGUCAACUUACAACUGAGCUUUGUCCCAGUUCUAGGCACCUGGUUUUUGUUUACACCCAUUGCAAUUGCUUGUCAUGAACUAGCCGAUGAGAUUCUAGCUGUGACAUUAUCAGUGUGGUCAGGAAUACACAUCCAUUUAAAUUUUUACCAUGUGGUGGAAUCUUGGGGAAAAAAAAAAAUAAAAACCCCAAACCCUGAUCUCAGAAAGCUUGCUCUUGCAUUUCUGUAAAUAGUUUUUAUGGAAAGGAUUUAUUGCUCCCUUAAAACACACAAAAAAGGAAUGAUCUAUUUCUCUACAACUUUUUUAAGCUUUGCUUCACUGAAAUAUACAGAAUAACUUGCUAGGGUGGUUAUGCUAAAAAUAAUAACUUUUAAAAUUAUAGUAAACUUGAGCGUUGACUACUCAAGUUGCAGUGUAUUUUGUAAUUAAUACAUUUAUUUUUCAGUUCUACAGGCACUAGAACGUUGGUAUGUUGAGAAUGGAAGUAGUUGAUUCCUCCUUUCUGUUUGAGGAGUAUGCUUUAACAUUCUGAUUUUGUUUAGAAAAUCUUAAGUGUCAUCUUCAAAAGAUGUGCACAAACCACUGAUUUUAUUAUGUUUUUUAACAAUAGGAUUCAAUGUAAUAAGGUGCACUAGCAUGAUUCCAGUCAUAUGUGGUUACAUGACAGUUAAGUGUUUGAGCCUCAAUCUCGUAAAGUGUUUUUUCAAGGUGAUUCUCAUUUCUGCAGAAAAAGCUAUAGAAAGGGCUUACUUGGUGGGAUUGUUUUGAAAGAAACCCCAGAGAUCUUUGACGAUAUUUGAAAAGAACAGAGUGGCGGUGCUAUGUGGAAAUUAAGAUCUUUGAAUACUUGCCACAACUUGGUGGUUUUGUUACAUAUAAAUACACACCUCAUUAUACUUUAGAAAGUCAGCAACAGUUCUACUUUACGAAGAUACAGAAAAUACAGAAAUGAAAAUAAUUUUAAUUUCCAUAUAACAUGUUGUCUAACGUUGGAAAAUUAUUCUGUAAAUAUGUCAAUGUCAUUAAUGCAUUGACACAUAGUGCAUGGAGGUUUCUUUACAACUGGAUCAUUGUUUGUGGAGCAGAACUACAUUUCAAAAAAUCAGGGCAUUAAAUCCAAAUCUUUUUAGAAAUUUAUGUCCCCAUGGAAUUGGAGAAAACUAACUAUACUAUGUUUUGGCUAUAUAUGAAGGUCUAGGGGUUUUGUUUGGGUUGUGUUUUUUUUUUUUAAUCGGUUUUAAAGAUAUAACCCUUCAGAAAAUGCUGCCAAGGCCAUGUAGACACUUGUGGUCUUGAAUAAUUUGCAUGUCAAAAUGAAACUUCUCUUAAGAAAAUAUGUUACAAAGCCAUGUUUUGUAUUUUACGUACUUCAAAUUUUGUGUGUAUUUGAAGACUUCUUUCUUAAAAAUCGAUAGUCUUUAAAUCAGAAGCAUACAGUCUUUGAAAGAUCCGUGUAUCCCUAGUGUUUGAUAAGAUGAAUUCAAGCCUUUGCUAGACAUCAUCCCUGACAGUCGCUGACAUCCUUAAGCCCAUGUUUAACUUUAAGGUUCUGCACUGUUUAGAAACAAGCAAAGAUUCUGAGUUUCUGUGAUACAAAACCAGUUUGCUUUAGCCUCCAUGUGCAAGCCAAAAUAUUUGCAGAAUGCUUUAAAGCUUGUCUAUGCUGCAAAGUUGCACAUAAGACUGAAGCUGUCAAGUCAGAAGCUGCUGGGUACCAGAGAGAUGAAUCCGCAGGGAGCGUGGUUCUUUCUUUUUACAAAGCGGCCUUGAAGUACAGUAUUUAAUAGAAAAAUAUUAAAUGAAUCUUCCGUGAUUCUUUCUAAAAUAACAGUAUUUGUCUCAUUUUAAAACAAUUCACAUUUAAAAUGAUGAAAAUGCUUUUUGAGUCAAAUUUUCCUUUUGUUGUGAAAUGAUCAUGUAUGUGCCAAACCUUAGUCUGCAAGCUUCUGCGUAGCCCAUAUGUAUAUAUGUCAAAAAGAUGCCUCCAAGCAUGUGUGUAUUCAGGAUCUUUUUUGGAGCUACCUGAAGUACGCCAAUAUGCUGAGCAUUAGUAUAUUGGCAUUUUAGAAACUCUCCCACUUUCUGUCUGUGCAUGGCAUACAUCGCAAAUAAAAGGACUAUUUUAUUUGUAUCUUCAGCUGUAUUUAUGUAUUAUAGACGAUUGAUCGUUGUGUGUUUUCCUUCUGUUGCCACACUUGCCCAAACAGUUGUCUCGUGACUGUGACCAAAGGAGAAUUUUUGUUCAUAACUGCAUUUUUAAAAAUCUUACAGUACACAGAAAUCAAAUCAGUUGACACUUAGUGUUAACUCUGUUUACAAAACAUGGUAUAACACUCUUAAUUCACAAUACUGGUGUGCAAAGAAUCAUUUAGCUUGACCGUAGAUUGCGUCUAUCAAAUGCAGUUGACUUAAGUAUCUGAAUUUAAUGUGCUUUUUUUUUCAUUUUUAAUUAAAAUGCUACUCAUGAGGACUUUGCAAAGAAAAAGGCUUGAUGUUUUCACAGCAAGAUACAUUACGCAAAUGUUUUUCAAUGAGGUAAGGAUCUCUUGAAGAUUCUUUUAACAAGUUUCCCCCUCUCAAAGAGUCUUGAUUUAAGACAUAGUGAAGGAAAAAAACCAACCAAAACCAAACCCACCUUUUGAUGACUUUAACCUUGAAAUCAUUUAAAGAAUGAAAAUAAAUCUGCUGCUUUCACUGAACUUGCUUGCAUGUUGCCAUACUGAUGUCAGAAUAGUUGCUUCAAGAAGCAAAUUUUAAAUCUGUUAUUUCAAUGAAGCAUUGCCAUUUUUUAUUUUUAUAAAUUUUUCCAUUUGCAGAAAAUUGCGUGUCGAUAUGAUGUUAACCCGAUACUGUCUUUACAUCUAUUGUUAUCAAGGUAACUAUCGUGUAGGUGCUUUUCAAGCUGAAUAAAUGUUCACUUUUGUAAAUUUGUGUUAAAGCUACAGCUGGGUUUCUUAAGGCCAACACAAUGUGUUUAUGAGCUGAAGCUCCUGGUGCUUGACCUUUUUUUUUCUUUUUUUUUUUUUUUCUGUCAUUAGAAAAAAAAAAUACACAAUUGUGUAUGUGUGAUAUAGCUAAUGUUGCAAAUUUCCUUGUCAAGCACACAGCUACACUGACAAGCAGAAACAUCUGAACUUGCUUGUUGGGAGCAAAGCAACCUCUCUGAUUUCUCCGCAGGAGCUGUAACUUGGUGGCGCGUUGGCAAAGAGGAAGCAGAAAUGGGGUUUGUUCUUCUCUGAGCAGCUGUUAAAUUGAACAUGGUGCGUGUUUCCUGUGCGAUAAGGUAUAUUAACUUUUUAGAGCCCUGAUGAUUUUAAUAGCUUUUGGAAGAUGCAGAAGUACUUGGCUGCUUUGUGACUUCUUGCUUUCAUACUUGUAGUUUUGCAAAAGCAUGAAGAGAUAUAUUUAUUAAAAUUGAAUUUAUGUAGUCACCGACUGUAUAAGCACUACUUUGUAAUAUCUUUACAGAGAUAGCACAUUCCUACACGAUUAUAUUUAAACUGUUUGGGGAGAAUGAAUAAUGACACUGUGGGCACAAAUUAAUUCAGAUUGCACUAUAAACUUUCUUACCAGAAGCCUUCAUUCUUACAAAAAGGGGAAGAAAAAAAAAAACAAAAAACAAAAAAACACUAUGCGAUCCCUGCACGGAAAACUGUAGCUUUGGUGAUGCGCGCUUUGGUUGGUGUCCAAAAAAAGCAGCACCCAGACGGUCCCUGGACCUUUUCCUGACAUUCCAGUCGAAGGGGCCCUGGCAGGCCUGCCGGGCACUCGAGGAGUUGGCUGGCAAGCGUGCCGUGCCCAGCGUCGCCCCAUGCCAGCACCUUGUGUGACUGUGCUGGUUUAGGUCUCCUUCACUUAGAUGUUGGGGUUUUUUUAACCCCCUGCAGCGUAAAUGUUUCUCCAGCCUGCCUAAUUUGUCUUUGUUAUCUGGUUGCCAAACUGUCUUGCAUCUUAAUAUCGUAAGAAAAUGAUGUGACUUAUGGCUACCCAACCAGUGUAUUAAGUAAUAGAUGGCUCUGUCUU